AUGUCGCAUACGCUGUCAAUGGAGGAUUUUGUUACAAAUCGAGUGAACCGCCUUACGUUUGGUAUCCUCCCUACUACGUCGUUUUCCUACUCUCUGCUUUCACCGCUUUUGAAAUGGAGAAUCUCAGACCUAGUGACAUUCAUCUGCCUUGCAUUGUCGUUCAUUGGGGUUUGGAAGAUUAAACCCUUUGAACGGGAGUUCAUGUUGUCGGAUCAAAGACUCCAACACCAUUACACCGAGGUGCAACAGGUGUCAAAUACGAUGCUAUUUGUUUACUCCUGUGUCAUUCCCUUCAUCAUAAUAGCUCUCUGUGGAGUAUCGUUAAACCGCAGACUGCGAAUUUACAAAACUUUCGUCCCUCUAUUAGGGCUUAUAUUGUCUGUGGUUACUACUGCGGUGUUGACGGAUGCGCUUAAGAAUUAUAUUGGUCGACAUCGGCCGGACUUCAUUGCUCGGUGUCAGCCGCUCGCAGAUGCACCACUUGAUGUGUACGUCUUAGCAAAAGAUGUUUGCACUACCGAAGAUUUGGAUAAGUUGCACGAUGGGUUUCGUACGACACCAUCCGGCCACUCCCUGAUAUCGUUUGCCGGUCUCCAUUAUUUGACUUUGUGGCUUAUGGGCCAAUUCAUUGUGGGGAAUCCCCUAGUUGGUACCUGGCGAGUUUUAUUGAGCUUUGUACCAACAUUGGGUGCUACACUUAUCGCCCUCACGCGUACUCAAGAUUACCGUCACCAUUUUGUUGACAUAGUCAUUGGUGCACUCAUUGGCAUCGUGAUCAGCUGGUGGAACUACUUUCGGUUGUACCCAUGGUACUCGUCUCCCAAGUCGUAUAACCCUAAAGUGUACUCCAAGAUCCCACGUGAAGAACUGCUUCCGAUAUUUAAUGCCACCUACAAUCCACCGCAAGACACCCUGAUACCCAUGACUGAGCGAUUAGUGUCAGAGACGCAUUCAGUAUAUCACCCUGACCAAGUUUACUCUGCAGGGUAG